AUGGCAAAACGCAAAAGAGUUCUUAAGGCGACCAUUACCGACGCGGGACCACGAAAGCGGGUGCGAACUAAGAGGAGGACACCGCCGGACCUGACCCUCACGCCACUUCGUCAUGCGAUUAUCGUGACCUUCUUGACCUGGCAAAAGUUGAGGCGAGAUGCGGAGGAUGCAUUCAUGUUGAGGGUGAAGGAGUAUCCCGAUCAGUUUUCGGCGUUCUCGGGGAAGGUUCAAGAUUUUGACGAAGAUCUCAGUGACAGCUCUCCAGCCCGCAUGGAGUUACUUGGUCGCAUGUCCGUACCUCCCGACUCUCCCGAGUUCAUCAACCUUGACGCCGCUCCGCGCGCUCGAUCUCGGGAUGCGGCGUUCCGAAACGUGCACCAGGUGCUGAUGCUGUACCGAUUGUGGGAUUGCUUGGCGGCUGCGUUGGAUAUGGAGGAAGGGCCAGAUGUCAAUUUCGCCGCUUUGAAGGGCACUGCGGUGUCCCAGAGUAUGUCAACAGACGUCAUGGUGUAUAGCGAACAUUUCCCCAAUAUUGUCAACAUACCGGACAUCCCAGACUUCAUCAUGACGGCGCGAGACGCUAUUGCUCAGGAGUACUCAUGGUUCUCUGAGCCCUUCGAAGAGACCGAAGCUUCCAAGCUUGAGUUUCGGCGAGGGGUCGUCGACGACGAAAUGGGAUCAAGAUCGCCCAUGGACGGGAUCCUGAGCAACUUGUGUAAACGAGUGUCCUCGAUGAACGCACAAAGGAUACUCAUCAACGUGGAGUUGGUGUGUCUCAUGAUUCGAUGGGUGUUGUUCCAAGGGGAGGAUAUAUCGCUCGACAUCGGGAAAGCGAUCCAGAAGUAUAUUGUAGAGAGGAUUGCCUCUAACGGUCCUAACGUUCCCGACUUGGAUCACCUGAGAACGAUGCAGAUCGACACGCCGUGUGCGUACGCUACAUUGUUCUCGCCUCUGUUGCUGUUCCACCGGUUUCUGUUGACUGGUCGCCGAGCUAUGACACCUCUCCUGCUGGGCGCAUUCAUGCAGUGUCAGAAAGAAAAGCCUGCUUGGAUCGUCUACACAGAGAACCUUUUAUGGCGUCGUCUGGUUGAUAUCGCUGCCGGCAAGUAUGAGACUGUCGUUGGUCUGCACAAAUUCUUCUCGGAUUGGUCGAGGCUUUGGAACAAGCAUUCAGCACAGCUCCCGGACCCGCGGCAAGACUGGUUCUUGACGCUCAUCCCCGCAUUUCCGGAGCAAGGGCAGCAACUUGGAAGACUCGAGCUACUUAGUGAUGCCGACGAACCCGAAAAUGCCAGCGUAGAUUCGCCGACAGUGGCAUCGGUCAUUCCCGACGAAGAUAGUCCAGGCGAACCGGAUAAAGACGGUCCAGGAGGACCGACGUUACAAGGAGACGAUGGAACUACUAAACGAAUCAGUGCGCGGACGAACAAGGGAAAGAAGAUGCCGGAUCUCGUCGCUGAAGACAUUUCCUUCCAGAGAAAGUCAAAGCUGCUGGCGGCUAAAAAGAAGAAGCUUAAGAUCGAUCCAAUCGAUGACGAUGACACGGACCCAGUCGAGGAUGAUCAGCUUACUGACGAUGAUCUUCCUUCUGAACCCGAAUCGGAGAACAUCGAGGAUGACAUCGAUGAUUUGAAGCCGCUGAAGCCCAGAUUCUUGUUGCCUGGAUUUACUCACGAGGAUCUCAAGCGCAUCACUGUGGACGAGAACGCUUAUAAUCGGGCAUUUCGAAUGUUCGACAUUCCGGACAAGGCACCCGCCGCAUCGAAAAGUUCGCAGAAGCUGGGUGAGGAGCGAGUUUUAGGGGCUGAGGAGCGGGCUGAGCUCGUGCUUCCUGUGCCACUGCCUUCUUUCUCCGACGGCACCUCACCAGAUCCCGCCGUCCGCGACUUCUGUGUCCAUCCUCGCGUCGCCAAAGUAGAGUACAAAUUGCUGCAGGAGAUCAUACAGAGCGCAAUGUCAUUAGAUGAUGAUUCCCCGCGGCUCGUCUCGGUGUUCUCCUAUGAGAGGUGGAACUCGUUGUCCACGGUGGAACAGCUCGAGGAAUAUUCGUCUCGGAAUAUCAUCAUCCACGGUCACCCUAUUGAGGGGACGUUUUCAUGGGAUACGUCUUGUUUUAAGACAAAGUUGGGUCUAUCUCCAGACGAUACAAUCUCCGUACAAGAUAUGUCGAAGCGGAACCUCCAAAACAUCAGCGCUCAAAACAUUCGGGUUCCAGUCCAGGAAUUGAUCGAGGCAGGAAAGAAGGGCGGACACAAAGGCAGGGUGUACAACGCGCUCAGCAUCCCGAUUGGUAAACGUCCUCUCGUUGAUAUCGCCGGCCUCGCAGGGCUUGACAUGGGGCGUGUUGCUUGGAUACCAGCCAGGCAAACCAUGCAGCUGAAGGCCCGCCAGGAGUUUCCGUACCCCGAUCAUGCAGUAUCGUGGGCCACGGCUGCCACCACAGAUGCUACUUCCUGGCCGCAUAUCGACGGGGAAGGUGCAGGGACCGCCGUCGUCAUCGUACAAGGCAUGAAGCUAUGGUGUAUUGCCAGGCGAAAGAGCUUCGACCAUGGUUUGGAGACCAUCAAUGCUGUACCUGAGGGUUUUGAACCGUCCGCGGCAAAUACAGAUUUCUUCGAGUACGAGAUGUACUUGCUACGGGAGAAGGAUUGCUUGAUCAUGCAACCAGGAACUCUUCAUUACGUUUUGACCGUAGAACCGACUAUCGUCUAUGGACAGCAUUUCUAUUCCCUCCCGCAUAUCAGGAAAUCCGUCAUGUCUUUGGGCCACGCCCUCUUCACCGAGAGAAUGAUCAGCAACGAGGCGCACAUCGGGAUGAUCCGAAUCGUCGUACGUCUUCUCCCAUACUGGUUCAAAUGCUAUAAGGAUGGCAUCAUCGAUCCGUGCACCUGCCCGGACAUCUCCACCGUUGAUGGUAUCCUCACCGUUAUCGCGGUCGGCAACGUGGUCCUGUUCCACAACGUCUUGUUGCUUCGUCCGCAUGUCACCUCCUUCAGAGAAAAGCUGACCAUCGAGGAGCUGGUGGCAGCAAAGCUCAUCUACGUGCACUUCAUGAGGCUCAUCCUUCGCUCUUACGAGAUCCGCGUCGACACUUCGACCCGCCCCACAAACGAGGAAUUCUCCGUCUUCCACGCCGGUAUAUUGCGUUUUGCCCAGGCACUCAUUGCAUACGCCAAGAAGGAGGAGAUCCUGGGUCUGCGCGAAGAAGCGCACUCGACUCAGUCACGUCCGGUCAAGAAGGAGACGGUAGAACUAACUCCGGCUAACGUCUUCAGGCGCACGUUCAAGGCUGUGGAGAGCUUUUGGCCUAACCAGUGGGAGGCUCUACUCCCUUUAUUCCCUGAUGAAAGUGCCGCCGUCCAGGGCAGUGAUGAGGAGCAAGCCACGUUGGAGGAUCUUCUGCAGACCCGGUUUGAGUUGGAGGAGUCAAUUAUCCACGUUGUGCGCCGGGAAUCUCAGCUCGAAAAACACGAAAUCAACAUCGAACCUUUCCGCUUGCGACAGGAAACCAAUGCUCCCAACACCACGCGCCAGGUGGCCGCAUACGUUGAGAUUUCGCGGACCGUGCAAGGGAAAGGGAAGCAACGGCAAUCGUAA